AUUUCCCCACUUCUUCCCCCCACUUUAACGUCUAGUUGGCAUAACUGAUAAUUUCCGCAUUCCCAAAUCCUCCCAGAUAGAGCUAACUAUUUAAACGGGCCGAUGCAACGAUUUCCACUUUUUAAAAUCUACUGUCGACCUUCAGCUGACCAGAAGAAAGGACAACUGUUGCACUCGGAAUCAAAGUCAGCUGUGGUCACAGCCGGGUCUAACAUGAUGCCGGGACCAAUCCCAGAUCCCCUGGUGACAGCGGGCUCCCUGCCCAGCCUGGGUCCCCUGGCAGGGAUCCCCUCCACCACGCUGACUGACCAGCUCAAAUUCGCCGACCUCCGGGAACUGGGGUCCAUGCUCUCUCCUCUGCACUUCCUGGGCAAGCUAGGGAAGAGGCCCCUAAACAUCAAAACAGAAAGAGAUGAGGAAGAGGACAGGAGGAAACGAAGGAGAGAGAAAAACAAAGUUGCAGCAGCACGCUGUAGAAACAAAAAGAAGGAGAGGACAGACUAUCUACAAAGGGAAUCAGAGAGACUAGAGGUGAUGAACUCUGACCUCAAAGCCCAGAUCGAGGAGCUGAAGCAUGAGCGGCAGCAGCUGAUCAUCAUGUUGAAUCACCACCGCCCAACGUGCAUCGUAAGAACAGACAGCGUCAAGACCCCUGAAAGCGAAGUCAACCCCUUGCUGGAGCACCUGGAGGGGAAGUGAUGUCACAGGACUCAGAGCAGCAGUGUCACAGUUACAGUUUACAGUGAAGCUCCACUCCGGUCAGCUAGCAGCACUUCAAUACCUCUGGGUUCUUGGCUUAGAGGAGAACCAGCUAAGCACUCCUGCCUGGAGCCAGAGAGCCUUUAAACACAAAGGUGACCCAAUGUGAUUGGACUUUGUGCUGGCAGUUAUUGCAUUGUUUAGAUUUUUUGUUUUGUUAUUGUUGUUAAGGGCCCCAUAGUCCCAGCCACUAUCACUAUAAACAAAUGGAAUUGAAUAAAUGGCUAAAUGCAGCUUGGUGAGCAAUACUCCACCGUUCCAAGGCAACAUGGCAGAUCUCUCAGGCCCCUAGGCACAGUCAGAGCUGUAUUUUUUGUUUAUACAUAUGUGUACUGGUUAUGUACACGGAUGUUUUUUUUUAUAUGAUUUUUUUUUGUAUUAUGCCUUCGAUGGCAGACCGGUUGAACCGCUUUCUUUUUUUUUGGCGCAGGCGUCAUAUAUGCACAUAACCUACAGUAUAUAUUGACUGUUUACAUUGUAGUUGGUCUGUUAUUGUUACUUUCAAAUAUGGUUCUGAUUUGUAUAUGCGCUGUACAUUAUAUGUAUCAUUUGACAUACUGAACAAAAAUAUAAACGCAACAUGCAACAUUUUCAAAUAUUAAUACAGCUCAGAUGAGGAAAUCAGUCAAUUGAAAUACAUGAUUUAGGUCCUAAUCUAUGGAUUUCACAUGAGUGGGAAUACAGAUGGUCACGGAUACCUUAAAAAAAAAAUUGGGCCUCAGGAUCUCGUCACACUAUUUCUGUGAAUUCAAAUUGCCAUUGAUAAAGUCGUGUUCGUUGGCCAUAGCUUAUGCCUGCCUGCCCAUACCUUUACCCCAC